AUGCCCCCUCGUCGCUCCCAUCAAAAGUCCCACACCGGCUGCAUUACUUGCAAGCGUCGCCAUGUCAAGUGUGACGAGACGGGCCCACCUUGCAAGCGCUGUGAGACCCGUGCUGAAUCCUGCGAAUAUGCAAGCAUCACCACCCGUCCACAAUCCUUGCCAGUCCAUGACACAUCGGAAGAAGGUCGAACAGAAGAAGCAAUGCUUGAUGCCCACACAGUCUCCCUAUCCUUUCCUGCCAAUAAUCGCCAACUAGAUCUUCAGCUCAUGCAUCGUUGGACCGCAAGUACCUAUAAAAGCUGUUGCACUCCCGGUACUGGCGACGAGACACUCUGGCAGAUCACAGUACCCGCUCUAGCUUUCCAAUAUGACUUCCUUUUGAAUGGGCUACUGGCCUUGGCGGCGUUUGAAAGCGCCAGUGUACUGAAGAAUAAUGGGCAGCAAAAUUCCAGCUACGAAAAGUAUACUAAUUCAGCGAUUGAGUACCAAGUCCUUGCAUUAUCCAAUUUCCGUGCUCAACUCGGUUCUCCCCCAUGCAAGGACCAGAAAGCCGCAAUCUGUUUUUCGCUGAUGCUGAUGGUUCUUGCGUUUGCAUCGGUUCGAUUUGGACAAAAUUCUUCAGGCGCUAAAGAGGAGAGCAUAGUGAAUACUGCAAUCGCUCACUUUGAGCUCGUUCGCGGUGCUGUUCAGGUUGCAGAGAGUGAUGGGGGCAAAAUUAGCCAAAAUGAAUAUGUGCAAAAGCUGACACCGUUUCAAGACCUUCCCUUCACAGCUCUUGAUACAUCCAUCGCAGAGAUCAUGGAAAAGCUUAGUGAAAUGAAUGAUAAAAGGAUUGUCGAGACUGUCCGGGAGAUACAAGAGCGGCAAGACCAGCAGAUCGCCUUCUGGGAGGCUUGCAAGAAGGCUUUACGUUUGCUACAGGAGUGCUUUCAGAGAUGCGUCGGCCCUGUGUAUCGAGGAUAUGCACUUGGGUGGCUGAAUAUGGCUGGCGAAGGAUAUAUUCAAGCUCUUAAAGCUAAUGAUCAUAUUUCGCUGCUAGUUUUAAUGGUUUGGGGUGUUCUUGUUCAGAGACUGGGGCACGAUGUAUGGUGGGCGCAAGACUUUGGCGUCUCGUUGGUGUAUGAGCUCUCGAAGGAAGAUAUCUCUACUGCCACAGAUCCAUCAACUCGGAAUAUAAUCCUACGCAUCCAGGAUUUAGUUUAG